CAAUCCUCUCAAGCACAGCAAGUCAAUUCAGGUCUGGCGUCAAAAACAUUCGAUCUUGAUCGAUACUGCCCGCAUGCUAACGCAGAUUCCUCAAUUUUACGUGCAGACAUGACACUUCGAUGUGGUGUGCACUACUGGGGUUUCGAUCUAGUCAAGAACGGACAGUGUAUCGCGCACCCUGACGAAACUCUAAAUGCCUGUCCUGUCUCUGACUUGGAGUGGUAGGCAUUUUUAUAUAUUUAUUAAUAAACGACUAUAUUUUACAAAAGGUCCUGCUAGAAGGGCCAACUAUGCUACAACAUAACUCUAAUACCGACGUGGGCGUGAAUAGCGAUCGCGGAUAUCCCUUGGAGGAUAUUCGUCAUGCCUCAGGCCUCCACCGCUUCCGUUAUUACUAUACGCUCGACCAUGA